GAUAUCAAAUCAGGCCAUCAUUAUUUUGAAUUCAAAUUUGCAUAAACGCAGUUCUGACCUUCUAUUUUGUUAUAUCUGCAAUUCAUCAAUCUCCAAGUAUCAUAACGGAGCCCUGACCGGCACAAACUAUACCAAGACAUUAAGUGUUUUAAAUCACACACUUGAGUUGGUGAUUGGGUUACAUGGUGGAGUCAGGCAUCCCACAAAGCUACGUAAGGCGCGCUAAGAGAACCGUCCCGUUUGCUAGGUAUUUAUCUACAAGUCUACCUCCCGCCUGCCUACCUGUCUGUCUUCCUAUUGCCUCAAUAACCUUCACACAACGUGAGCUUCCCACCAUCAUGUCGAAUAUACCGAUCAUUAUCAAGCAUCAGGGCAAGAAAUAUGAUAUCGAGCUCGAUCCUUCGUCCAACGGCGAAACACUAAAAUAUCAGCUCUAUUCUCUCACUGGUGUUGAGCCAGAACGACAAAAGAUCUUGGUUAAAGGCGGGCAACUUAAAGAUGACACCGACCUUUCGAAGAUUGGCGCCAAGCCAGGACAGACAUUUUUGAUGAUGGGAACACCUGCAGAGGGAGGAACACUUUCUAAGCCGAAGGAGCCAAUAAAGUUCGUUGAAGAUAUGACCGAAGCAGAGGCUGCACAACAAGUUGGCGCAACACCAGCUGGAUUACAAAAUUUGGGAAAUACAUGUUAUCUUAACUCAACAUUACAAACUCUCAGAGCCAUUCCAGAGUUGCAAGACAGUCUGCAAAAGUUCACACCAACUGAAUCUGGUUCCAACAACAUGCUCAAUGCAUUCCAACUCAGUCGACCCCAGUCACUUGACCUGACAGCUGCGAUGCGAGAUUUAUACACGCAGAUGUCAGAAACACAAGAGGCGUUUCCGCCACUCAUUUACCUCAACGCUCUACGACAAGCUUUCCCACAAUUUCAAGAAAAGGCGAAGAAUGGCCACGGUUAUGCACAGCAAGAUGCUGAAGAAGCUUGGACGCAAAUUCUCCAGGUACUGCGAUCAAGCUUGAAGAUUGGUGAAGGUGGAAACACUGAAGGGUCUUCAUCUACACCUGUCUCUUUUGUUGACAAAUAUAUGGCGGGGGCAUUCCAGUCCAUCACAGAGUGUGAUGAGCAAGGUGCGAAGGAUGCAGGCGAACAACCAAUCAAGGGGAGUGAUGUUUUCUUGAAGCUGGAUUGCCAUAUCACUGGUGCAACCAACCAUCUUCGAGAUGGACUAGUCGCAGGAUUGGAGGAAAAGAUUGAAAAGAGAUCUGAGGUCCUUGGUCGCGAUGCCAUUUACACCAAAAAAUCCAAAAUCUCACGUCUUCCCAAGUACCUUACUGUCCAUUUCGUUAGAUUCUUCUGGAAACGCGAGGCUCAAAAGAAAGCAAAGAUUAUGCGCAAGGUUACAUUCCCUCAUGAACUGGACGUUGUAGAAUUCUGUACAGAUGAGCUCAAGCAAAUGUUGAUCCCAGUCAGGGAUAAGGUUCGUGAAGUAAGAAAGGAAGAGGAAGAUGUCGAACGCGCUCGCAAGCGUCAAAAGCGUAUCCACGAUAAAGAAGAGGCCGACAAAAAAGCUGGCCUUGUCGAUGAAGCACCAUCUUCCUCAAAGAAAGAUGACAAGAAGGAGUCUAAGUCUAAAGACGGCGAUACCGAAAUGGAGGAUGUUGUUUAUAAGACUGACGCGGAGAUUGACGCGGAAAAAGCAGCUUCAAUUUUGGAGGCAAAGAAGGAGUUGAAUGCACUAAUCGACCCAGAGCUUGCUAAGGAUGAUGGAGCUAACAAGUCUGGUCUUUACGAACUCCGUGGUAUUGUUACCCAUCAAGGUUCUAGUGCGGAUAGUGGUCAUUACACUUCAUAUGUGAAGAAGCAAGGACCACUUGACCGUAAGACUGGUGUGCGUGGCGAGGAAGAUGGAAAAUGGUGGUGGUUCAACGAUGACAAGGUUUCAGAGGUCGAUGCUGAGAAGAUUGCUACUCUUGCUGGUGGUGGAGAAUCUCACUCUGCACUCAUCUUGCUCUACAAGGCUAUCCCAUUACCUACUGCUGAAGGUAUCAACCAAUAAAUCCGGGAAUUCUCAGUUGUAAUUCAAAAGCAAAUAGCAUACAUUAUAAUUACAUAGUUGAUACAAUGAGAGUAAUCACACAAUAAGAGUAUUCCA